AUGAGUGUUGUAGGUGAUACUGGUACUGAACUCUGCAACAGCCUUUAUAUACUGGGAAGAAGGUGGGCGUGGCUUGGUGUGAAGGGCGGAGUUUCUUGCUCCAUUACCGGCGUGAUCGUGUCCACCAACUACACCCAUCUGGUUAAGCCACUGAACAGGAAGAAAAGGCGGCGACGGCAGGUGGGCGUGGGAGAGGAGGACGAAAUGACACCAGAUGGGCUGCAUGUCAUCCACGCUCGCCAGAAGGAUGCCAAGUGCGCCGUGUUUAACUUACAGGCAAUGAGAGCUCCACGAAUAAUAGUUAAACUAGACGACGUCGGCGAGGGAGAAAGUAACUCGACAGAAGACAGUAAAGACACCGGUACGACUGAAGACAAAGAAGAUGAUGACAUGGAGAAAACAGAUGAAAGAAGAGAGAAUACGAAUGGCACGAGAAACUUCCGUUCGAAAAGGGCAUCUGACGAGGAGUACCAAAUAGAAACGGCGGUGUUUGUGGAUGACGAAAUGUUCAACGUCAUCAAGGAACAGAAUCCCGGAGCAGACACGGUCCAGACGGUCACUGAUGUGGUUUUUGCCAUCAUGAAUGGGGUCCACCUCCUAUACAACGCUCCUACUCUGGAACUCCACUUCACCAUCACCCUCGUUCGCCUCGAGAUCAUCAAAAGUGCCACCAAAGGCCCUUCAAAAUCAGGAGGAGACAUACAGAGGUACCUGAGCAACUUCUGUUACUGGCAGAGGAACCUCAACCGGCGGACAAACCCCCUGGGAGAUCAUUCCCCGGAGUUCUGGGACCACGCCCUCAUGCUCUCGGGCCUCGACCUGUGGGACAUGCAGCCGGAGUUCGACUCUGUUAUAGGACUAGCUUGGGUGGCAGGGAUGUGUCAUCCUACAUACUCCUGCACCAUCAACGAAGGCACAAGCUUUGAGGCCGUUUACGUCAUCACACACGAAAUGGGCCACAAUCUCGGUAUGUCUCAUGACGGGUCGGCGGAGGACCAGAAUAAGUGUAGUGCCGAUAAGCAUAUCAUGUCUUCUUCAACUGGGCCUGGAAAAGUGACUUGGUCCUCCUGUUCCAAUGAAGAACUGCAGGAUUUCAUCGAGAACAGCGACUUCCCCCUGUCUUGCCUGGACGACUUAGCUAGAGGACCCCGGGAGCUGGAUUUUCGCGACGACUUGCUGCCUGGCGAAAGGUACACUGUCACCCAGCAAUGCACCUUCGCUCUCGGGUCCUCCUUCAAGCCCUACGUGACGACGAAGAAUCCUUAUAAUAACGUAUGCCGGGAGGUCUGGUGCCAAAAUACAACCCAUGCCAUGAGGACCCACCCGGCACUUGAGGGCACUUCUUGUGGCAUCAAAAUGUUUUGCGUGAACGGAGCUUGUACCAACAAACCCCAAAAAGCGGUCACGGUACCAACGACGACCCCAGGUACUACCCGCACCAGCACCACCACGACCCUGCCUACCACGACUGUGUCCAAUAAGAAGAAAGUCACCAGCUUCUUCGGCAGAAUACGUGAUUUGUUCAGGAG